AUGGGUCGUAAACAUAGACAGGAUCUUUUUGAUCAACUAGAUAGUAUCGUUCUCGAUAUACCAGAUUCCAUAGAUAGUGAUAAUGAUCAAGUAUUACUACUGCCGCUAGAGAAUGAAGAACAAUCACAACACCCAAAACAACUACAACAUCCUUCUAUCAUACCCAGCAAAUCCUGGAAACAAGGGAAUACAAAACGAUCCAUAUCGACAAGUUCAUCAAAUUCAUUCUCAUCCCUUUCAUCAAAUACUUCAACUCAAUCAUCACAAUUGUCAAAACAUACCACAGCAACUUCAAUCUCAAGUGUAUCUAAUGAUAAUUUCAAAGUACGACAAUUCCAGUUAAAAUCUCCCUUAGAGACUAAUAAAUUAAUUCAUCAUCAAUUAACUAUGCAACAACAGAAUCUUACUAAUAUCUUAGAUUAUUUAAUUGAUAUGUUAAAUUAUGAAAAUAAUCAAAUUAUAUCAGAAUUAAAUGAUUCAGUUGAUAAUUUAUCAAAUUCAAUUCCAUUUAAUACAUUUGAAAUAAAACAAUUUAAUUUGAAAUUUAAUGAAAGGUCUAAUCAUACAAAUAAAUAA